UAAUCGCCAUUUUCAACAUGAGUUUGUUUCGAAAACCUAAACGCAAUUUCAGGAAGAAAAUAGAAGUGAUCGACUCAGAUGAAGAAAAUUCUACAGUGGCGGAUGAUGGUGCAACACCCGAAGAAUCCAAUGGUACCAAUAUCAAUGAUAUAGCGUCCGAAAUUAAAGAGAAAAAGAAGAAGAAAAAGAAGGAAAAAGAAAAAUUGGACAAAAAAAAUCCAGUCAGUUUCCAUCAUCAUGAUGAAGAAGAAGAAGAGGAAGUGUUUAAGAUUAAGAAGUCCAGUCACAGUAAGAGAAUCGCAAAACAACUGAAGCGUGAGACAAAGAAAGAGAAAGAAGAAAAGGAGAAGGUUAACACCCAAGUGUCUGCAACAGGAGCAUAUUCUCUUGAAAAUAUACAGAAACUGAAGGGCGAACAAAAUGGUACAAAGGAGCAAGACUUUGGUCCAAGAAUUAGGACGCCAUCUCCAUUCUCAGGUGAUUCUGAAGAUGAGAAGGUUCAGCCUCCUAAAGGUCCAACAUUCAAUGAUGUUUUGGAAGCUGGAGUUAUCCCAGAUGCAAAGAUGAUACAUUUAGCCAGAAAGAAACGUCAACAGGCACGAGAACUAGGUGGUGAAUUCAUUCCAUUAGAGGAUACAGAAAAAGUGGAGAAAGAUAAUUCAAGAUUGAUAAGGGAAGAUGACAAUGACCUGUCUGAAGAUGAAGAGAGGGUCAGUAUGAGCCUUAAGAAAGACAGAGACCAGGAGAGACGUAGGAUUCAUGACACAAUCAUGAUGGCAGAAGAAGGGAGUGAUGAAAGUGAUCAUGAUCAUGAUCAAUGGAUCGAACAACAAAUACGUAAGGGAACCAGUAUACCCAAGGUUCUGACAUCUCAACCGGGACCCUGCCCAACCAUGCCUGACAGUAAUGCUUACUCAGCUUUCAACACACAGAGACCCCCUGGCAUAUUCACAAACCAGCCCUCCACAGACUAUGCCCCACAACCAGGCAGUAUAGAGGCAAUUCCUAUGGAUGUUGAUACUAGUGCAGCCAAGGGGCCUUCUGAAGCUGAUCUUCCUACUCUGUCUGUGGCGCAGAUCAGAAAUAAAUUAAAAGAAAGGUUGGACAAUUUGGGUCAGGUACACAGGGUUCAUUUACACGAGAGAGAUGAUAUGGAAGAAAGACUGGAGGAAACGCAAACAAGCAUCACAAAGAUGGAUGGAAAUGUUCAAAACUUGGAAAACCAAUAUCGGUUUUACCAAGAAAUGAGGGGGUAUGUUCGCGACAUAGUUGAAUGCUUUAACGAAAAGGUCCCUCAGAUCCAAGGCCUAGAACAAGCCAUGAUGACGAUGCUGAAGGAGCAAGCAGAAAAACUGGUGAAAAGACGACAGCAAGAUAUCAAAGAUGAAUCUGAUAUUUAUUCUUCUAGUAAGGCAGUGUCUGCCCCUCACCUGACUGGCAAUAUACAAGAACUCUCAGAGAACAAGAAGCGAAGAGCAGCAGAGAGGGAGGCUAGAAGAGCAAGAAGGCGUCAUGCAAGACAACGCAAUGACCUGUCAUCUGCAAGUAACCAUAGAGACGGAAUGUCAACAGAUGAUGAGGAUAACCAUGGCGAUGCUGGCAGAUUCUCUGCUGAGAAAGAACGCAUUAUGGAAGAAUCUAAGAAGAUAUUUGAGGAUGUGAUGGAUGAUUUCUACAAGUUUAAACCUAUGAAAAGCAGAUUUGAGAGAUGGAAAUAUGAGUAUGGGGACUCCUACACAGAGGCAUAUAUCUCCCUCUGUCUGCCUAAGUUAUUUACUCCCCUUGUGCGACUUAAUCUUAUACAUUGGUCUCCAUUAGAUGCAACCUGUCGCAACUUUGAAGAAAUGGGAUGGUAUGAAGCUUUGAUGUUCUUUGGUUUUCGAGAAGGAGUAGAGACACCUAGUGAUGAGCAAGAUAUGAAACUUGUACCAAGCAUUAUAGAAAAAGUCAUCAUGUCAAAAAUAACAGAAUAUGUAAGUGGUGUUUGGGACCCCUUAUCAACAUCGCAAACUGUACAGUUGGUUAGUGUUGUGAGGAAUAUAAGCGAGGAAUACCCCACUGCUAGUGGAGAAAAUAAAAAUGCACAGACUCUCUAUAGAUCAGUAGUCCAACGUAUAAGAAAAUCCCUUGAUGAAGAUGUAUUUAUGCCACUAUACCCUAAAACCAUGUUGGAGAAUAGGAUGUCCGGGGCCUCAGUCUUCUUCCACAGACAGUUCUGGUCACUUAUAAAGCUGAUGGGUAAUAUUCUAUGCUGGCAGGGUAUAUUGUCCACUGAACUAGUGCAGGAGCUUUCACUAUAUGGCGUACUCAAUAGGUAUCUACUCUUGGCUUUCGCUAACUCCGAGGUCAAUCAAGAAAGCCUGGAAAAAUGUCAACAGAUCUGUGUAAUGUUCCCUAAAGAUUGGUUUGUUGACCUGCAAGGAGAUAGUACUCUACCCCAAUUGGAGAAUUUGUGCAGAUAUAUCGUAACUGCUGUAACCUCACUAUUGCAGAAUAAUGAAAAUGAUAAAAACAGGGAUUUGAUUCGCCAGUACACAAAAAUUUUAGUAAAUAUCCAUGCCAUGGACCAUGCAUCUGGUUUGGCGACACGUGUGGGAUUAAGAUGACUAGAGGAGAAAUUAGACCAAAUUGAUAUAAAUAAAUCCCCUCAGUAGGUCUGAGGUGAAGACCAGUUAAAUGUACAUGCUACAUGGUUAAUGAUGUGAUCUUUUGACCAACUGAAAGUAUGCAAGGUUUGGUCUUUGGGAUUGUCGGACGGCGGGAUAAAGUUGAUGUGAAUAACUGAAUAAUUGCACACCCAAAUGGACUGAUUUAAACCAUCACUCUCGGUCUAAUAUUGAAUUUCAAUCGAUCAAGGCAUAACUGAUCAUGGAAUGAU